AUGCUGAGGACAGUGCUGCUGAGCUGUGCCCUGCUGCAGGUACUGCCCACCAUGCAGGGGGCCCAGAUGGGCCUGGCCCCCUUGGAGGGCAUCAGAAGGCCUGACCAGGCACUGUUCCCCGAGUUCCCAGGUCUGGGCCUGGAGCCCGUUCUGAAGAGGACAGCCGCAGAACAGGCAGAAGAGGCUCUGCUGCAGGCCGAGGCGCUAGACCCGCAGGACCGAGAGCCACGCUCUCCACGCCGCUGCGUGAGGCUGCAAGAAUCCUGCCUGGGACACCAGAUGCCCUGCUGUGACCCGUGCGCCACGUGCUACUGUCGCUUCUUCAAUGCUUUCUGCUACUGCCGCAAACUGGGUACUGCCACGCAUCCCUGCAGCCGCACCUAG